CUGCCUCACCUCCCUCUGCCCAUUGGCACAGCAGCGGCAGCAGGAGGACCACAAAGGGGAGGGGCGAAAGGGCCCCUCUCCUCCCUGCCACAGAUGAUGUGUGCUCCUCUGAGUCGGGAACUGUUUGUGUGAACGGCUCUUAGCUGAGAGCCAGAGUGGUCAACUCUAAUUAGCAGGUGUCCCGAGCAGCUCCUGUCCCAACUGGACGUCACAAGCCUCUCCAUCUGAAGUGCAAGCCAGAUCAGCUCUUGUGGGUCUGUCAAGCGUGGAGGCCAGAGAGGGGUGAACCAUGGACACAUGCGCCUGCGCUUUGGAGCUGCUGGGGAUGUUUGUGUAUGUUGGAGCGUGGCUGUGUGCGUUAGCCACCACCAUCAUGCCACAGUGGCUGACCAUGUCCACCGAGCUGCUGGCCAUAGAGAGCUACGAGCUGGGCUUGUGGGAGACAUGCGUGGUGCAGGAUGUUGGGGGCAUGGAGUGUAGAUCUUAUGACAGCCUGCUGGGCCUUUCCUACGACCUCAAGCUGGCCCGCAUCUUCAUGUGCAUUUCUCUGGCCACAGGCCUCCUGGGGAUCCUGGUGGCCAUCCCGGGCCUUCACCUGGUCAACAGCUGUAAAGGACAGCAGGGCCGGCGAACCAAGAGGAUGCUGACUAUCAUGGGAGGAGUGCUGGGAAUGGUGUCAGGGGUGCUCUGCCUGAUCCCAGUGUCCUAUGUUGCUCAUUUAGCGGUAUUGCAGUUUUUUGAUGACACUGUGCCUGAAGUGGUGCCACGGUGGGAGUUUGGUGAUGCCUUGUUCUGUGGCUGGGUGGGAGGAUUUCUCCUCGUAGUGGCUGGGCUCCUCCUGGUCACCUCUUGCUUAUGCUCACAGCUGGAGCCUCAGCCCCUGCUGCAGCGGAGACACCAGGUUAGGAGUACAGAUAUUUGCUCCAGGAAGCGUUCAGAUUAUGUUUGACGGGGGAGUGUGACAGCACAACCACAGAACCAGACUGCUGUGCUUUUGAAACAAUAUCUGGUUUCAUACCAAGACAAUGUAGGAGGGGUGCUUCAUCAUGUUGUGAAAAAGAAGGAUUUUGAUAUGAUAUCUGGAGAUUUGUUUUUAUAACACUUUAUCAUAGAUAAUAGUGAAAAUGACAUGUUAGCAUGUUACAGUUUUAUUGUAGAAAAUGCCGCAGAAUGAUUAGCAUGUAUUUGCUGUAGAUUAUUUUUUUGACUUCACCUCCACAAUCAAACUAUAUUAAAAGAAAAAAGUGCUGUGACCAAUAGAUUUUUUUAAAAAAGUUUGUAAAAAAUGCUUUAUUUUCCUUUUUCUGCCACGGAAUCAGGGUCUGUUUCUUUUCAUUGACAACACAGAGAUUUCUGUUUCAUAAAGACACUUUAGUUCAUAAAAUGCUGUAAUCAUAACUUAUUCUCAGUACUAAGACAUAGAAAUUUGUUC